AAAAAAAGGGCACAGUUUUCAAGGAAACCUUUACAAAACAAAAUGGAAGAGCCUUUGAGGAGGAGUUCAAGAUUUAAAGAUCGUGAGGUAACGAAAAUUGACUUUUCCGAGCCCUUAGAAAAAAGUGAUACAGUUGAUAAGGAAAAUCUAGAGUUUUUUUGCGGGACCAUCUUUGAGUUAGAAAAGGAUGUAGCCACUAAACGGGGCCGCUGGGCCUCUUCUGCGUCAGAAAGAGUGGCCAACUCUUACUUUGGAGCGGGCCAUAACCACUUGGUCUACUCUAUGGCACUCCGUAGCGACAAACAAUAUAUAGCUCUCGCUGGAGGGGAAGGAAAAGUUAGUAUUUAUAGCCUGGAGUUGCCCGACUACAGUGAAUCUGCUUUAGGAGCAGGUAGUGGCGAGGAGCUUAGCAACUUUGCGCUACUAGGAACUAGCAAAAUGCACCGGCGCUGGGUUUCUCGGAUCACAUACGUUCUAGGAGCCAGCCAGGCCAAUUUUCUUCUUACUUCGUCCGAUGACGGUUCCCUUUACCUCUCCGAGUAUCUCGACAAACACGAAACCCAAAAUCGAUUUUCUAUUGUUUUACGCUCGAAACUUUGCUUGAAGGAUAAUAAUUUCCAUACCAAGGGGAUUUUUGGGUUGUCUUUUUACGAGAGACAAUGUCUCACGUGCAGCAAGGACGGUAGUAUAUGCCACUCUCGCCUUUCCAGCGACGGCCUGCAAGCGCUGUCACUCUAUUGGGGUCACUGUUCCGUUGCUAAAGACGUACAGUGGCAAACUUGCCAACAGAUGCCACCGACUGUGUUUGCUUCCGUCGGAAACGACAAGACUAUUGCUUUUACUAACGCCGUAGGACUUUAUGAUGUGCGACUUCCUAACGCACUGGUCCAGCGCGUAGAAAACAGUCACCAACUUGCCAUUAAUAAUCUCCGGUUUGAUCCUUUCGACGGGAACUACUUCCUCACGGCAAGUUUCGACAAAACUAUAGUUAUGCACGAUAUGAGAGGUUUAGGAAAACCACUCCAUACGUGGGCUGACCACCACGGGCGCUCUGUACGAAAGCCCAGCCUCACAUCUCCAGUUUUUUACAAAGAACGGGGCAAUGUCCUGGCUGCGGGCGACAGGACGAGCUCCUUAUUUCUAUACGCGUCAAACGUGGGAAAGCUACUAAAAAAAAUGUUCAUAGGAGGCGAUGCUACAAGUUUGGAAAGUGUUGAAGGUAUCGCUUACGCAACUCAAGGAAAGCAACGCUUUUGGCAAUUUACUAAUGGGCUAUAACGUAUACAAGAAGUAACAAAUUUAGUUUUUAAUAAAAUUUAUAAGCAUACC